AUGUUGCAGCCCUCCCGGAUUACACUAUGUUCCAGAUGCAACGCUGGAUUUCAACUCAACUCCCCACAUUUUCCCUUCACAUGGAGUGACAUAAGAGCAAAUUACUUCCCAUCCCUUUCGGAAAGAUCGCAAAUUCACCGUUCUUUGGAUGAUGCUGCAGGCGAGCUGGAAAGAUAUGACCAGGAGAUUGAGAGGGUAGUAGGAACCUUGCGACAGCUAGAGGAGGAGCGAGAACGUUUGGUGGGGAUGAUGGAGGGUGCUCGUGCGCUACUUUCGCCAGUGCGAAGACUUCCUUCAGAACUAUUGCUUUCUGUUUUCUGUUUUCUUUUAGAACCAGAGGAAUACUCACUCGCGAUUUCAAAGUUUGGAAAUGCGGUGUACUCCCCCACUUUCAAUAUCUCACGAACUUGCACGUUCUGGCGACGGAUCGUUCAUUCGAAUCCAGACCUGUGGCGUUCCAUCAGCGUGGAUGUCGUUGGGAUCGAUGCCAAACGCAGGCUACUUAAUCUUGUCUACGUCUAUCUUGAAAACUCCCGGACAUCCCCGCUGACUAUCCAAAUAACGGAUAACGACUUCUCCCCAGACGAUGGCCUGUAUUUCAAUACCAUAGGAAAUACUGGAGUAGACGUCAUCAAGGCCUUGGUCAGGCAUUCGGAACGAUGGGUGAAGGUCGAUCUACGGUUUAGGCAGGACAUCUUCAGGAUGUUGGAAGCAGGCUGUUUCCAGCUUCCCCAUCUAGAGGAACUAUCUAUGCAAUCGAUACCACUCACCACGUCGAUCCGUGCCGCAUGUGCGAAAACGUCGACUCUGCAAACGCUCAAAGUCGAUAGCUUUACGUAUUACGGAAUCGCGUUCCCAUACCACACUCUCCAAGAUCUUGUCGUAGGAGAGAUCAAAUCCUGUCAACUCUUCCUCAGGAUGUUACCACUCUGUAACAACCUGAAGACUCUACGGGUCGAUCGGUUCUGGGCCACUCGCAACCACGGUACCCUUUCCUCCGCGAGUCCAUCUCUUCCGAUAAACUGUAUCCUUCUCGAGAGGUUGUCCCUGACCAUAAUACACUGGGAACGCUUAUCCAUGUUUUUUACCUCCGUAAGCCUUCCCUCUCUCACUGAAAUCGAGUUGAAGUUGUCAUACGAAUUCGACAAAUCACCAUGGCCGUCGGAAGACUUUAUCGAAAUGAUAAAGGGAUCUCAAUGCUCGUUGCGUCGGAUAAAACUCCAACUUUGUCCCCUCUCAGACACCUAUCUCCUCGAAUUGUUUAGGUUGUCGCCCGAGCUAGAGGAAUUUGCAUUCGAGGAAGUGACUUGGAUGACCUGCUUUACACCUCGACUGUUCUUUAUUCUCACUCUGUCACCUGGCCCCGAGGAACUUCCAAAACCACCGCUACUACUUCCAAAGUUGACCAGGCUUUCUGUUCACGGCAUGAAGACCUGGGAUGAGUCGGAUAUGGCGGAGAUCGGUUCCACGAUGGUCGAGUCUCGUAGGAACGAUGUGCUAUUGGAGAGAGAACAGUGUUCCCGGCUUGAGGAAGCAUCGCUGUCCUUUUAUCCAGAAGUUUCCCUUGUCUCCCCGGCUUUCAAUGCACACUUGUCGUCGUUCCGUUUGAGAGUUCUGGAGAAUGACGGUCGCCUUUGA